AUGGAAAGUGAAUUAGCAGCAAAUAUAUUUGGAACAGCAGGAUGUAUACUGUGGAGUGUACAAUUAAUACCUCAAGUGAGAUUAAACUAUCAGAGAAAGAGUACAGAAGGAGUAUCGAUGAUAUGCUUUAUCACAUGGUUUAUAGGUGGUGUCAUUCUAGCACCCUAUCUGGUCGUCACGCAAAGACCACCAUCACUAGUUCUACAAAUCACUCUCUUUUCUGUUUUAAUUUUAGUUGUAUUACUUCAACAUUUCUAUUAUGAUAGAAAAGUCGCACUGAAAAGAUUAAUGAUAGCUAUUACUAUUAUUGGUAUAGUAUCAGUUGGUAUAUCAUGUGGUAUCUAUUAUGUAUUAGAUAUAUUUAAAGAAUAUGAUUUCACUCUAUCAUUAGUUGUCACUCUAUUAUCUUGUUUGUCGUUGGCCGGUGGUUUCAUCCCAGCUGUUUAUGACAUCGUAUCUGCUAAAUCAGUACAAGGAUACAGUCGUGUAUUCAUUGUGAUGGAUUUCCUCGGUGGAGCUUGUUCUAUUCUCUCGUUAGUCUUUAUCAAACCUUUCGACUAUUUAGUAUUUGCAAGUUAUUCGAUCGUUCCUAUUUUCGAACUAUCAAUCUUUGUUAUGAGUUUCUAUUAUCAAUCACCUACAUCAUCACAAUUAACAAACGAUACAAAAUAUAAAAUAAUAAUAGAUAAUCAAGAUGAUGAAUAUUACUAUCAAGUGAAUAAUAAUAGCAACAACAACGAUCAUUGCGCAAUUAACUCUAAAAAUAAUAAUAAUAAUAAAAACGUGCUUAUUAAUUUUUGUCAAAGUAGUUUAAAUGUAUUAAAGAUACAAUCAAGGAAUUAUAGAUAUUCAAGAGACACUGUGAAUAAUGUUAAUCUGUGUGAUAAUAGUUAUUUAGUGUCGGUUGAUAGUGACACCAACUUUGGUAGUAUUGUGUUGGUGAAUACAACGUUUGCAGCAUCGGCCGUCUUUUCAACUUUCCAAUCGUUUGAUGGUCUUCGAAAGAUCUGGGAUUCAAAGUUGACCUACCGAGUCGGUGAUUAUCCCCCUCUCACAUUUCGUAUAACCAAUACCGGUGGUGAUGCAUUCGACUAUGAGUUUCCUGCCUACAACUGUCAAGAUCUUGCCAAUGUCGAGUUGAUUCCUCCUAGCUCCAACUCUUCCAUCUAUACCUACUCUAAUAAUCUAAUUAGAAGGUUCGAACUCCAAGCCAUCCCUUUUAUUACUUCAAUGACUUAUAUUUGUCAAUUAUCAAUACCACCAUCGACUGCUCAAGUUCCUUUUACUUGUGGUAUUCAAGUAUUACAAACAAUUGAAAGAGUUGUUGUAACUAUUGCUACAUCAACUAGUUAUCUUACUGGAUAUACUGAACCAUUGACUGUAAAGAUUUACACUGAUUUAAAUGCAACCGGUGUGACAUUUGCCAUUCCACCGACUUUUACAGAAGGACCAAUCAAUUAUGUUACGCGUGCCAUUUAUCAGUCGCCUGCAUCGACCUAUAGCCAUACCGUCAAUUCUUACUACUAUAGCCCAUACGUGUCGACCAUCAAUAUGACCGUCAAAGGAUCACCCCGAUUGGGUUUUCUCUCUUAUGGCACUGGUACUCCAAGUACAGCCCUCUUACCAGUCCAAGGCAACGUCGAUGAUGGAAUGUUAUACGCCUCUCUAUCAUUGAGUACAGUAUCUCGAACCUAUUAUAUUAUCAAUUCUACAUCCUCUACUCAAUUUGCACCAUUGAUGAGUACUAGUUUUAGUGUUACAUCUCAAAAUCCAACUGCAACUUUAACUUUGCCAUCAUUUGUUUCUGGUGAUCCAAAUGAAAUAACCUAUACCUUUAGUGAUAUGGCCUAUCCAAUCUAUUUUAUAACAGACUUUAGUUUAAAUAUCAAAUAUGACAUCCCAGCUCCAUUUGGGUAUAGCUUAGAAGGACCAACCUCUAGAAAGUAUACAUUGCCUGUCAUUUCAACUUUGAGAACCAUUCAACUCAGUGUAGUUCAAUAUAUUGCUGUUCCUAGAUCAGUUGUUAAAACUGGUACAACUGUUGAUGUUGUUGUACCAAAAAUAUUGGGAGUAGAUUAUUUUAAAACAGGUAGAAACUUUAUUAUUACUUUAAAGUUAUCAGAUGAUAUUACUGGAGUGAAUACUAUUGUUUUUAUGAACCAGAAAUAUGGGAUAUCGACUCUUGCCAAUGGUGUUCCCACACUUGGUACAUUUGUAUUUGAAGCUCCACCAAUUCCUACCUCUGGUUCAUUGCCAACAACCGAACUUGCAAUUUAUGAUGGUGCCAAUAAUGAAUUUAAACCUUUUCUUCGAGCUUAUGAUGGAAAUAUGAAUCUUCUUCCAAACAGUUCAAUAUUUUAUGAUCAUGAAUUUGGAGCUGAUAAUAUAACAUUUAUACAAUUUAUUCCAAAUCAAGUUGAUACUACUUAUGGACCAGUUCCAGUAUCAUUGUUGUUUAACCUAACAACAAAUGAUCAAGGUGUAUUCAAUAAGAAUCCAGCUGCUGAUUGUACAUUCCUUCUUUCAACGUUUUCCUCUACCCAAAGAAUUUUGACAGUUACAGCCAAAGCCUACUACCAUCCCAUUGACAAACUCUUUAGAUGUGAUGUCAUGAUUCCACAAUACACCAAUAAUAUAACUGUCGAGUAUACUUUUGGUUCAUUCUAUACUCAAGGAGUUCAAUCAUUAUUAAUUCAAAGAUUUGGUUCUCAAGCAAGUUUAAUUAUUAAUUCUAAAAAUUCAAUGGAUCAUUUACCACCAUAUUUUACAGUUUUUAAUAUUCCAACUCAACCAACACUGGUGUAUGAUCCAAUUAAUGGAUUAAAGAAUGGUACAAUACAAGUUCGUUCUAGUAUUAGUCCCGUACCAUACACAUUCCAAUUUAAUCAAGAUACUAGAGUUUCUGGUGACGAUAAAACUGGUGUCUAUCAAUUCACUAUUCCCAUUGAUACAAAUGCUUGUAAAACACAGGUUCUGUCCAUUGGAAAGAUUAUUUUAUAUGACAAUGGUGAAUGGGAUUCAAGAUACUUGCAAGAAAUUACAUCAGGUGUUCAACCUCAAUUUAGUCCAUUCCAUUUAUUCAGUUCUCCAAUUCCAACAACAACUGUAGUUUGUAGUCCAACUGUUACUGAUGUUAAAGCACCAAUUUUAACAUCAUUUAAUAUAUCAAGAACAACUGUUGAUGUAGGAUCAAAUGAUAGAGAGGUUAUAUUUAAUUUAACUGCAACUGAUGGGGCGGGAAUUGGUUUGGUCGGAUACCCAACCAUUUAUUUGUUGGACAAUUUUGGAAACUCAUUGAUCGUAGAACCAACCGACUACGCCAAUACAUCACCAUCAUUUGGGUAUAGUGUAACACUUCCAUUUGGAUUUGGUACCAAUGAUGGUAUGAUUAUGGUGUCUGUCUAUGGAUUGCGUGACAAGUAUGAUAAUUUGGGUGGUUACUCUAUGCUUCAACUCAAGGCUGCAGGUUAUGACUCGAAUAUUACUGUCACUUAUUCGACAGAGAUACCCUCCAUCUUUGGCGUCACCAAUCUCUACAGCUAUCCAAACACGAUUGUCGCAUCACCCAACGAUGAAAUCAUUACCAUUCGUGGUAGAGGGUUUGGCGAUAAUCCCCAGCAACUGAUUGGUACGAUUGACUAUGGUAACGGUACUGCCUACGCUCACAACAUUACAAUGGCUCAUCAUGUUUUGGUUUACAUGCAGUAUGAUCCAAGAUUGGCUGUUCCUGGUCGUCUUGCUACCGUCAAUUUACAAAGAUUUGCUCAUAAUCAUUCGAUCGAUAUCAUGCCAAUUCAACUCGCAGCUCCAUUGAUAUUCGUUCCAAAACCAACACCUUGUUCACCGUCAUCAACAUCGUCUGUCAACUGCUCUGCCAAUGGACAGUGUACAUUUGACGGUUGUCAAUGCAAAGCUGGGUGGUCAGGAUUCUAUUGCGAAUCGACAGUUAUCAAUGUCGAUGAACCAACCUACAACAAUACCGCUCCCAUCAUUGAUAUUGUUGUAAAGGACGGUAAUAGCAGUCAAGCUGUCAUUCGUUCGGUCAUUGCAGUUGUCGGAGUUCGUGAACUCACCUUGGACGGACAAAUUGUCAAAGAGUACAGACCAAAACAAUGGACACUUGUCGUUUCAACACCUGAUAUUGCCAACAACAAUUCACUCUUGUUAAACUACAACACCACAUUACAAGACACUGAUACCAUGGUCAAUGUAACAGUCGAGUGGUUUUCAGUAGACAGUAGCGUAGAAUUUGCCAAUCAAACCAUCAAGAUCCCAGCUACUAGCACCAAGAUAUCGAUUGCAUUGUCUGCCUAUCCAUUCAGUUCCAUUCUCAACACUUUGCAAGUAGUACUCAAAACAUCGGUUGAAGCAGAGUAUGACGCUGAAUGUUCGUCCAAAGAGUAUGGGUUUGGUGAUUCACAAGAUGUUGAAUGGAUGAAAUUAAAUAUCGAUGAAAAGACAUUAUGGGGUCAAUUUAUUAAAAGAGGUAUAAUAGAUGACAGAGUUACAACUAUUAGUAAUCAACUUGUUACCGAUUUUAUCGAUACCGAUAAUAAUAAUAGUAGUAGUAGUAGCAACAAUACAUAUACAAAUACAAAUACUUCAUCAACACCAUCAUACACUACCAAUUAUAUUGGAAUGAAUCUUCCAUAUUACAAUCAAAUGGCUAAACUUGAUCCAAACUUUGCUCAUUUGAUCAAUGUAGAUGGAGAUAAUAGUGAUGCUACUUGCAAGGGUAAAAGUAGUAGUGAUGGUUUGUCAACUGGACAAAUAGCAGGUAUUGUAGCCGGAUGUAUCGUUGCCGGUGCUGUUGCAGUGGGUGCAGUCAUGUACACUGUCCACAAAAGAAAAACAAACAUAUCAAAAAAGAAAAUGGAUCAAAAAAUGAAAAGAGUUAGUCAAGCAAUGAGUAAAGAAUAA